UUUAAUCUUAAAAAAUGAUAGAUAUUUCAUACUCAUAUCUUACUACCUUUUAAAUAACUAGUCAUACCUUCAUUUUCAAUUGGCAAGUCUAAAUUUUAUGGAUAUAGUUGUGAUAAUUACUCGGUAUUUCUGGGAGUUAUGCAUACUCCUUGCUUGGGUUUCUGGUGUAUUUUACAUAAUUAGACCCUAAUACAUUUUACAGGAUUUAGUCAGACACUGACUGGGAGUCCUGGGGAUGAGCAUGCACAACAUCAUUAUAGAGCACUUGGACCUCCCUUACACCUGUUUGGAGGAAGAAUGUGAACCCAACCACCAACCUAAGUGAGGUUUUACAGCCUCACUGCAGACCAGUUUAGCUCCUGUCCUUCUAAUUUUCCAUAUACUCAAGAAAAUCAGAACAUUGUAAUGGGGCAGUUAUAUUUCCUAAAAUCUUUUUUGCCUGUUGAAAUGUGCAGGACCCUUUUCCUGUGAUGAGAGAUAGGUGGUUACUUGAUUUAGGUUUAAAAGUUAUGUAAAAAAAAAAAUUAUAAUAAAAGGGAUACUUUGCUUUUAAAAUCUUGUUUUCUCUUAAUCUAGGUAACCAUAUUCAAAAUAAGUAUGUAAAGAAGAAAAAUAAAAGUUGUCUUCCUGGAAGCAACUGGUCUUCCUUGGUUGUACUGAGUUAGUCAUCCGAGAGUAAAACAGUUGAUGCUGCUAAAUGAAGAAAACAGAUUCCCCCAGGGUAGGCUUUUGUAUGCUGCUAUUUGCUCUUUGUUGAGAGUUGGGUAGCGGUUCUAAUGCUGAGAUGCCUUGUAGUUCCGUGUUUGGCAGCCUCCAAAUGGUGUUUCAGUUGCUUACUUGGGGACAUUAGGAUACUGUGAAAUACAGUUUACUCUGAUAAUGACAGAACCUUGGUUGCAUUUAACAUCAGUGCUUCUUGACAAAGCUGUUAAUACCUAUGUCAAGUUCUAAUUUAAAGAGAAAACAUAGUCUAACCUUGGUAAAAGUUCAAUGACAGUCAUUCCUCAUUUAUUAUAUGCCUAUGUCAACUUGCUCCUCAGAUGGCAAAUGUUUGAACUUCUUGGCAACGUGUGAUAUGAAAUAGGGACACUCAUUGACCCAUUUAAGGAUGAAACUUUUAAACUUUAGCCAAUUAGCAUCACCCACUGAGUGCAGUACGAUAGAAUGGCAGAUCUGUAAGCACCUUUUAACUCUUUUGUCCUCAUUUCAAAGCCUUGUUCAUUCAUUCAAAGCCUUGUUUAGCAUGGAGUAUGACUGGGACUGGGAAGAAAAGGAAGCGUGUUGUCACUUGAGUAAAACUGCCUCAGAAAUAUUACCAAGUUAGGGUUGGGUGUUUCCUUUGGGAGCAAACAGGCCUAAACAGUGCCUUCCACAUCCUGUAGCUACUAGGAAGGCACCAUGAUUGAGAUUAGAGAUGCUCCUUUAGCUAAUUUUUAAACAAGUUUAAAUUAACCUUAUGAAGUAUGGGAAUGGAAAGAUGCUACAAAGGACCUGUAUCACACAGUCUUUGUCUCUUGCACAAAACAGGAGCUACACAAAGAAAUGGUAAAGGGAGAGGGGAGGCAGGAUAAACCCAAAGACCAGUGGAGAAACACGAAUCUAGUUUAUUGGAUUAACUUCUUUGAUAGUUUCUUAUAUAUCAAAUGAGAAAAUAUUAUUUACACCCAAAGAGAACUAAUAUAUAGCCCAGAAUAACCCUAGGAAUCAAAUGAAGUUUAAAUGCUGUAAGACAGUAUUUAAUAAAUGGCACCUAACUCAAUAAUACACUUUACCAUAUUAAAAAAAAUAGAAUGUAGAAAGCAGAAUAAAGUCAACAGAUUAUAUGUAUAAAUAACAGACUAUGUUAGGCAGGGGUGGGUGUCAUGAGGAUUAGUGUGAUAGUGACCUUGUUGCUAAGUACAAAAGCAAAACAAUGACAUAAAAACAAGUGCUAAGUACUGAGUGGAGGAGAGAGAUGGAGGCAGACGCUUCGGAAAAAAAAAAAAAAAAAAAGACUGAUUAAAAAGGGCCCUUUGAUUCCACAGGCACAAAAAUCCACAGCCAGGAAUUUGCUGCCACCUCUGAGUCAGGCAGGGGGUGGGGAUGGGGGUGCACAAUCCCAUUAGAGAAUGCCCAGUGGAUUUAGUCUGUGGGAGUCACAUUUCUUAUUUGGCCCAGUGAAGACAGAGGCAAACCAGCUCACUUGUUUCCUGGGACAGUUGAUUUAGGAUGGCUUUUGCAGAGCAGUCACCUCUGACCCUUCACCGCCGGGACCUCUGUAGCCGUUCUAUCUGGCUAGCAAGGAAGAUUCGUUCAGACCUGACUGCUCUUAUGGAAUCUUAUGUGAAGCAUCAGGGCCUGAAUAAAAAUAUCAGCCUGGACUCUGUGGAUGGUGUGCCAGUGGCAAGCACUGAUCGAUGGAGUGAGAUGACUGAGGCAGAGCGACUCCAAGAGAACCUCCAGGCUUACCGUACCUUCCAUGGGAUGUUAGCCAAGCUUUUAGAAGACCAGAGGGUGCAUUUCACCCCAACUGAAGGUGACUUCCAUCAGGCAAUACAUACUCUUCUGCUCCAAGUUUCUGCCUUUGCCUACCAGCUAGAGGAGUUAAUGGUGCUUCUGGAACAGAAGAUCCCUGAAAAUGAGGUUGAUAGGAUGCCUGUCACUGUUGGAAAUGGUGGCCUUUUUGAGAAGAAGCUAUGGGGCCUGAAGGUCCUUCAAGAGCUUUCACAGUGGACCGUGAGGUCAAUCCAUGACCUCCGUGUCAUUUCCUCUCAUCAGAUGGGAAUCUCAGCACAUGAGAGCCAUUAUGGGCCCAAGGACAAGCAAAUGUAGCAGUUAGCCCUUCCCUCUCCUUUCUUGUUCUGGUGAGAUAUAGGUAGUUCCCUAAGGCCUCGUUUUCUCAGAAUCAAUUUUUGAAAACCUUAAACUACAGGCAUUUUCAUCAAGUAGGGUUGGCUCACAUAUGAACAGAUGGAUAUACAGGGAUAUUCUGGGUGUAUACAUAUGUGUGCACAUGCUUUUUUUGUAUUGGUGAUACAGUAGAGUAGAAACAAGGGCACUAUCCUCAUACCUUCGUGCUUUGACGUUCCUUGAUACUAAGUGGCCUUUCUAGGCAUUUAACAGCCUUACAGGCAGAAGAGAAAUUGUUACUAGUUCUAGUUGACUUCUGAAAAGACUAAAUAAAGAAAUAGGAAGUCCUAGACUAUCCCUGUUUAAAUUACCAUAAUAAAAAUAACAUUGCUGUGCUGAGGCAAUGAGUGUUGCAUGGCUUUAUGUAUAUUCUAGAUAACUUUACAUCUUUGUCUCAGAGGGUUAGAAGAUGUGUCAUGCAAUCUGUCCCUAGCACUGAAAAGCAGCACUUGCUACACAUCCUCAGAAGUCAGCAAAAGACAGCCAUCCUCAAGUAUUUGUUGCCCACACCUGGCAAAGAACAGCAACUAUACAUCUACAGAUUCUAUUUGGGGGAAAAAUGGGGCCCACUGUACUUCCAUACUUGGAAGCUGAGGCUAUGCAUUAAUAGACUGGUUUAGUGUUGACUAGUGUACUUGAUGAUUGGGUUAAUCACUUUUUAUAGCAAGUUAACAGAUGAGUGAUAUAGGUACUAUAACUAGAUAUUCGACAGUGAGUGGAAUACUCAGGUUAAAGAGUCACAGAGCUCCAUCACCUUACAUUCUCUAGGCUUAGUCAUGAGGGGAGGAUGAGGUCUGGUUGGUCCCCACUGAGAAUGCCAGAGAUUCUUAAACAACACAGUAACGCUCCACUUUUAAUGUUCUUGUGAGAGCCACACAGCAUGGAAGACUAGGAAACACAUCCCUGGGGAAGGUCAUUUUCGCUGAGGCCUAUGCAUUACUGGUGCAUUGUGAAUCUAACAAUUUGUUCGUACCAUUUGUUUUUUACUUUAGUUAAACCUGAGAGAUCAUGAGUUGGGGGCCACAUCUAAUCAUGACAUCUUGCUUCAUAAAUGAACCAUGAGUCAGAGAGGGCUACUUCCAUAAGUUGCAUGAGGUGGGGAUAUGUGAUUCAUCUUGUAUCCUCUCUAAGGGGUUCUAUGCAGGCUAGAACUCUGAUCAAGUAUGUGACAGGACUCAGCCAAGCACUGUAGUAGCUCAGAGGAAGUGAGACCCUGCUUUCUACUGUGUUUGUGAAAAUACAGUUGUGUGUGUAUAAAAUAAAGAGACCAAAACUAGGGUGGGAUUAUAAAGAAUUGAAAGAGAUCAAUUAAAGCCACAAAUAAAUGUGUUUCUGGGUUGGUGUAGUACAAUAUAGAAUAGACUCCAAUAGAAAAAAACAAGUUGGCUCAAGGAAACAAGUUAGACACGGUAAACAUCUGGACCCAGCACCAUAAAAGGCCUAUUUUGUUAUAUUCCAUUUGUGAUUUUGGUAUAGAUAAUUUCUCAUUUUGUUUAGAAAGGCUUAUUUUAUUUGUGCUUUUUAAAUUGUUAUGUUUGUCAGCAGCAUUUUCCAUUUAAUAAAGUAUGUUAACAAGG